AUGGAAAAGCAGGUGGUAAUCAUCGGAGCAGGAGUAAGCGGCCUUCUUGCCUGUAAGUACGCUCUCAACAUUGGACUCAAUCCUAUUGUGUUUGAAGCUGAAGAAAGGAUUGGUGGUGUUUGGUCACAUACUCUAGAGUCAACCAGACUCCAAAACACCAAAGAAAUCUACUGCUUUUCUGAUUUUCCAUGGCCCUCCUCAAUAAAAGAUACGUAUCCCACUCACAGUCAAGUGAUGGAGUAUCUUGAAGCUUAUGGACAGCAUUUCAACCUCUUUCCCUGCAUCAAGUUCAAUUCCAAGGUCAUUGGUAUAGACUAUGUUGGAGAGUCUGAUGAAGAGAUGGAGUCAUGGGGUCUCUGGGGUGGGACAGGCAAGCCCUUUGGCUCCAAAGGGAAAUGGCAUGUAAAAGUUCAAGACACAAAAAAUUGCAGCAUACAAGUGUAUCAUGCUGAAUUUGUUGUUCUUUGCAUCGGACAAUUCAGUGGCCUUGCAAAUAUUCCAGCCUUCCUUCCAAAUCAAGGGCCUGAAGUGUUCAAGGGCAAGGCGAUGCAUUCAGAGUCCUUCUCAGCUUUGGAUAAUUUGACUGCUGCAGAAUUGAUCAAAACGAAGAGAGUUGCAAUAAUUGGUUCUCAUAAAACUGCAGCUGACAUAGCAGCAGAAUGUGCCAAAGCAAAUGGAGUCAAGUACCCUUGCACAAUGAUUCAAAGGAACGCUCGCUGGUUUUUGCCUGGUGACAAUUUGAGUGGACUUCUGCUAGGUUUCUUGUACUUCAAUCGAUUCGCCGAAAUGUCGGUCCAUAAGCCUGGUGAAACAUUUCUAUUAAGUUUUAUAGCCUUCCUGCUUUCACCCUUGAGAUGGGGAAUUUCGAAGUUCAUUGAGACCUACCUUAAAUGGAAUCUUCCACUGAAGAAGUAUGGAAUGUUACCGAAAUUCAGCUUUUUUCAAGGCAUGUCUUCCUGUCAGAUUGCAAUGCUGCCUGACAAAUUCUAUGACAGAGUUGAAGAAGGAAGCAUCAUUAUCAAGAAUUCCCGAAGCUUUAGCUUCUGCCAAGAAGGUCUGAUCAUAGAUGGAGAAACUCGACCAUUAGAAACAGAUGUUGUGAUUUUUGCUACAGGAUUCAAGGGUGAUGAAAAACUGAGAAACAUUUUUGAGUCUCCAGUUUUCCAAAACUACAUAAUGGGGUCGCCAACAGCACCAGUUUCCCUCUAUAGACAAAUACUUCAUCCUCGAAUUCCUCGAUUGGCUAUAAUAGGAUACAAUGAGAAUUUCUCAAGUUUGGGUCACUCCGAAAUCAAAAUCGUAUGGCUAUCUCAUUUCUUUGAUGGCAACAUUGAAUUGCCAAGCAUAAGGGACAUGGAAAAGGAAGCAAACAUGUGGGCAGAUCACAUUAAACAAGUUACAGGUCGCUACUAUAGGAGAGCUUGUAUUAGCAACUCUAACAUAUGGUACAAUGACCAACUUUGCAAGGACAUGGGAUACAAUCCCAGAAGAAAGAAAGGACUUUUAGCAGACUUAUUUAUACCAUAUGCACCAACAGAUUAUGCAGGUCUCGCUACUAAGUCAGAUUCAUUAGCUACUUUGCCGGAUUCACACUUUACUAGACAACAAGGACAAGUUGCAGUCUAUGUUGCUUUCAAUCCAUCUGGGAAUUUCAACCUUCCUAUAUAUGAUGAAGAAGAGGGUAAAAUAUAA